CCUCAGCUAUUCUUGAUGAAGUUAAGUGGACAGCGUAUCCUUCAGGGGUUGAUCAAUAGGAAACCCCUGUGCUUUAAUUUUAGUAUACAUUGGCUCAAUUUUGGCUCAGUUUGGAUUAGUCUUUUUCGCUGCAUCCGUGCUUACUGCUAUAUGUUUCAGUUUAGGAAAACGUAAUGAAGGAGAGAUGUCGGCAUAUUCUGUGUUCAAUCCCAACUGCGAAAGAUUGCUUGGGCAGAUAACUGCUGAACAUUUUGAACGUGAUGUAUUGAGAAGAAGAAUUGACUAG